AUGGAGCUCUACCACUGCCUGCGAGGCAAAUGCGCCCACAGGAGCCGGGGCUACUCCAGGGAGAUCUCCCUGCACCACGGCGGGUUCUGCAGCGGGAGCUUCUCCGACCCCCACGGACACGCCUCCUUCUCCUGCGGUAGGGAAGGCUCGGUCACCUACACCCGGAGACCUUCCUACUGCCCCCGGCCUUCCUACUGCCCUCCUGCGUCGCCCACCUACAGCAUUUCGGGGGGCUACACGUGCGGGAGGGAGGGGUCUGUGGUGAUAACCGGCGGGGAUUGUGGGGGGACGUCCGGCUGGGGCGUGGCGGUGGGGACGGUCCCCGCUUACGGCGCGGGGUGGGGAGGAGGGCACGGCGGAGAGGACUCGGCACACGCCGUGGAUUUGGGAGGAGGGUCUGGAUAUGGGUACCCUGCACCCCAAUCACCCCCAGGUGACGCCCUGAGGACAGGGGGUGUCGGUGAGGGGGCAGGGUAUUACGGUGGAGGGUCUGGCUACGCCGCCGAGGGCGGUGGGUGCUCCCAGGUGGUGCAGCAGAAGUGCCCCGUGGUGGUUCCCAGCGUCAAGAGCCAGCAGUGCAAACAGAAAAGCCACUGGCCCCCCAGCCAGAAGAAGUGA